AUGAAGUUUACAUUGUUGAACCUUCUCGCCUGCUCUCAAGUUGUCUUGGGGAGUAUUCACCGUCGUGUUGCCCCACUCCCCCCUGCUCAGGAUCCGUUCUAUCGAGCACCAGCAGGUUACGAAUCCGCAAAGCCAGGAACCAUUCUGGCCUCCAGGCCCGCACCCGCCAAACUUGAGGCACUCAGUCUCUUUCCCUUGAACAUCGAGUCCGUCACUCAGCUCCUGUACCGCACGACGAACGCUUUCGGAGAACCAGAGGUCACUGUCAGUACUGUCAUCGUACCAGAGAACGCGAGCUACGACAAAGUCGUUUCAUACCAGGUUGCCGAGGAUAGCGGAGGCCAGAUCAACUGUGCUCCCUCGUACACCCUCCAGACUGGCUCCCAGGCCUUGUACGCCGGCACUGGAGACGUCGAGAUGCUCCUCAUCUUAGGUGCCCUGAACGAGGGAUGGAUCGUGAGUACCCCAGACUGGGAAGGCCCUAACUCGACUUUCAUCGAAGGAUUCCAGGCCGGACAGGCUACUCUCGACUCUGUUCGCGCAGUACUUUCAUCGGGCAAUAUCACAGGUGUCGAAAGUGAUGCAAAGGUUCAGAUGUGGGGCUACAGCGGCGGCGCUCUGGCGUCUGAAUGGGCCAUGGAGCUGCAGGAGUCUUAUGCCCCAGAGCUCAAGUUUGUUGGAGCUGCUAUUGGCGGAGUGACUCCGAACGUGCCCAAUGUGUACAAUUCCAUCAAUCACGGACCCUUUGCAGGCCUCGCCGCCGCAGGACUGCUAUCCAUGGCAAUUGCAUUCCCGGAGUUUGAGACAGCUCUGACAAACCAGCUGAUCCCGGCAACCAAGGCUCAGUUCUAUCAGGCGGAGACAAACUGUUUCUAUGGAGACGUUGUCUUGUUUGCUGGACAGAAUAUAUCGUCGUAUUUCUACGAUGGCGACAACAUCAUCACCGAGCCGACCAUUGCCAGGUACUUCCGCUCGAACGCCCAGAUGGGUCUCCACGGUGUCCCUCAAAUGCCACUGUUCGUGUAUAAAGCUGUUGCCGAUGAGAUCUCUCCAAUUGCCGACACAGAUGCGUUGGUCGAACAGUUCUGCAACGAUGGAGUAUCCAUUACCUACGUCAGAGACUACGCAGGCGAGCAUUUCCAACAAGCCGCUACCAGCUUCCCGGACGUCAUCAACUUCCUUCGUGCGAGAUUCGCUGGUGUUUCGAUCAGCGGUUGCUCCAUCCGAAACGAGUUCUUGGAUGUUCUAGAUCCUGGUGCUCUCCCUUAUCUUGGUAGCACUAUUGUCAAGGAACUGGCCAACAUUGCGGGUGUCCCUGUUGGUCCCAGUCACUUCUAG